GUGACGGCCACACCCCAGGUAGGGACCGGGAAGUGGCCGCCUGGGCCCGGGAGCCUGGAAACGAAACUGAAAGAUGGACAUUAGAAGCCGGAAGGGGGGCGCGGGGGCGGGACCAGCCCGGGGCGCCGCGCCCUCCCCUGCCGCCGGGCCAGCCUGGCCAGCCUCGGGGACGGGGACGGACACCUGCAGGGGAAGCCUCCGCUGGCCGCUGCCGCCCCUGUGAGGGACAUGGACGUGUGCCGCACCCCCGCCGGCUCGCUGGACUCGCUGGUGGCCAGCUGCCUGCUGCCACCGUCAGAGUUCGAGCGCGCCGCGCGCCGCGCCCUGGGCGCACUGGGAGCCGCGCUGCGAGAGCGCAGGGGCCGCACCGGCGCGCAGUGGAGCGUCCAGAAGAUCGUCAAGGGGGGCUCCUCCGGCCGGGGCACGGCCCUGAGGGGCGGCUGCGAUGCCGAGCUCAUCAUCUUCCUGGACUGCUUCAAGAGCUACGAGGACCAGGGGCCCCUGCGGCCCAGCAUCCUCCGGGAGAUGCGGACGGUGCUGGAGGCCUGGGGGCAGGAGCCCCUGCAGGACCUGAGCCUGGAGCUGCCCACGCAGGACACCCCCGGGCACGUGCAGUUCCGACUGGCGUCCCCGGACUCAGAGCACUGGAUGGACGUCAGCCUGGUGCCGGCCUUUGAUGCCCUGGGGCAGCUCAGCGCCGGCGCCAGGCCCGAGCCCCGGGUCUACGCCCCCCUCCUGGACAGCGGCUGCCCGGGGGGCGAGCACGCCGCCUGCUUCGCCGAGCUGCGGAGAAACUUCGUGAACACUCGGCCAACCAAGCUGAAGAGCCUGCUGCUGCUGGUGAAGCACUGGUACCGCCAGGUGCGCCCCCCGGAGGUGAGCAGGGAGCAGCUGCCUCCCGCCUACGCCCUGGAGCUGCUGACCAUCUUCGCCUGGGAGCAGGGCUGCGGGCAGCCGGCCUUCAGCCUGGCCCAGGGCCUCCGCACCGUCCUGGGCCUGCUCCAACAGCACCGGCACCUGUGUGUGCUCUGGACCCUCAACUACGGCUUCGAGGACCCCGUCCUCUGCCAGCUGCUGCAGCGCCAGCUGCGGAGACCCAGGCCCGUGAUCCUGGACCCAGCGGACCCCACGUGGGACGUGGGGGGCGGGGCGAGGUGGCGCUGGGACGUGCUGGCCCGGGAGGCCGAGUCCUGCUUCGACCAGCCGUGCUUCCUGCAGGCGGCCGGCGGCCGUGUCCAGCCCUGGGACGGGCCUGGCCUCCCGCGGCCUGGGUGCCCGGGUUUGGAUCACCCCAUCCAGUCAGUCCCGGUGCCCAGGGAACCCCAGGACGACAGCAGGAGCCGUGACGCUGCCGGGCCUGGUGUGGCGAGCGCGCAGCCCCCUCACCCAGCCCCCGCUGCGCCCGCGACGGACUCAGAUCUGGGUCAGGUUUCCGCCAAGCAGCUGGACCGCUUCAUCGAGGACCACCUGAGGCCGAACCCGCAGGCCCAGAGGCUGGUGGGCCAGGCCCUGGACGGCAUCUUGCGGUACCUCCACAAGCACAGCGUCCACAAGGCCUCGAGAGCCUGCAAGGGCGGCUCCUUCGGCCGCGGCACGGACCUCAGGGACAGCAGCGACGCAGAGCUCGUCCUGUUCCUCAAUGGCUUCAAGAACUACAAGGACCAGGAGGCCCGCCGAGCCGAGGUCCUCGAGGAGAUGCGGGCGCAGCUGGAAUCCCUGGGGAGCCCCGUCCCCGGCCUGAGCCUCAAGUUUCCUGAGCGGCAGGAACCUGGGGCGCUGGAGUUCCGGCUGGUGCCAGAGGCCCCGGAAGGCGGGACAGACGUCCGCCUGCUGCCUGUCUUUGAUGCUGUGGGGCCGCUCAGCGCGGGCGCCAGGCCCGAGCCCCAGGUCUACUCCACCCUCCUGGACAGCGGCUGCCCGGGGGGCGAGCACGCCGCCUGCUUCGCCGAGCUGCGGAGAAACUUCGUGAACACUCGGCCGGCCAAGCUGAAGAGCCUGCUGCUGCUGGUGAAGCACUGGUACCGCCAGGUGGCGGCGCGGAAGGAAGGACAGCCCGGGGGGGCCCCGCUGCCCUGCGCCUACGCCCUGGAGCUCCUCACCAUCUUCGCCUGGGAGCAAGGCUGCGGGAAAGACCAGUUCCACAUGGCCCAGGGCCUCGCCACCGUGCUGGGGCUCGUGCAGCAGCACCCGCUGCUCUGCGUCUACUGGACGGCCAACUACGGCCUGGAGGACCCGGCUCUGAGGAUGCACCUGCUCAGGCAGCUCCACAAGCCCAGGCCCCUGAUCCUGGACCCUGCCGACCCCUCCUGGAACGUGGCCCAGGGAGACUGGGAGCUGCUGGCCCAGGAAGCGGCAGCCCUGAGGACUCAGGCCUGCAUGAUGAGCUCGGGGGAGACGCCCGUGUCCCCCUGGGAUGUGAUGCCCGCCCUCCUGAGCCAGACCCCGGCGGGGGCCCUGGACAAGUUCAUCAGCGACUUUCUCCAGCCCGACCGCCAGUUCCUGGCUCAGGUGAACAAGGCCGUGGACAUCAUCUGCACGUUCCUGCGGGAUAACUGCUUCCGGGGCUCUACCACCAAGGUGCUCAAGGUCGUCAAGGGCGGGUCUUCGGCCAAGGGCACGGCGCUGCGGGGCCGCUCGGACGCCGACCUGGUGGUGUUCCUCAGCUGCUUCGGGCACUUCACCGACCAGGGCAGCCGGCGCGCCGAGAUCAUCUCGGAGAUCCGCCGGCAGCUCGAGGCGUGCCAGAGGGCGCAGCAGUUCGAGGUGGCCUUCGAGAUCUCCAAGUGGGACAAUCCCCGCGUGCUGAGCUUCUCGCUGUCGUCCCGGACGCUGCUGGACCAGAGCGUGGACUUCGACGUCCUGCCAGCCUUUGACGCCCUGGGCCAGCUGGUGCCGCGCUCCAGGCCCAGCCCCCAGGUGUACCUGGACCUCAUCCGCAGCUGCCACAACGCGGGCGAGUACUCCUGCUGCUUCACCGAGCGCCAGCGCGACUUCAUCUCCGCGCAGCCCACCAAGCUCAAGAGCCUCAUCCGCCUGGUCAAGCACUGGUACCGCCAGUGCAGCCGGCUGCCCAAGGGCCGGGGCGCGCUGCCCCCGCAGCACGGGCUGGAGCUGCUGACCGUCUACGCCUGGGAGCAGGGCAGCAGGAACGGGCAGUUCAGCAUGGCCGAGGGCUUCCGCACCGUCCUGGAGCUGGUCACGCAGUACCGCCAGCUCUGCGUCUACUGGACCGUCAACUACGACAGCCAGAGCCUGGAGGGCUUCCUGGAGCAGCAGCUGCAGAAGCCCAGGCCCAUCAUCCUGGACCCAGCUGACCCAACAGGCAACCUAGGCCAGUGCGCCCGCUGGGACCUGCUGGCCAAAGAAGCCACGGCCUACAUGAGCGCCCCCUGCUGUCUGGGCAAGGACGGCAAGGCCAUCGAGCCCUGGACUGUGCGGCCUGCUGUGUGACGCUCGGAAAACCAGCGACGGUAUAGGUGGACAGAGGGCAGCAGCACUCAGCGCCAGGACGUGCGGCCGCCUGCUGGACCCUUGCACACGUGUGUGGGAGAGAGGCUGAGCCUCCUGCUCCUACCCUGCCUUCCUUCCCGGCACCCGCGCAGCUCCUGGGUGCCUCUGUGUCCGGCCCCCCCCCAGAGGGUCCCCAGAUCACUCCCUCGCUGCUCGCCAGGCUCUGGCUCCCCGGGUUGGGUGCCAGUGUGGGCUCCCAGCUCCUCAGGUGCUCCGUGCUCCAUCACGAUGCCGCCUCCUCCGCAGCCUCUCAGUGCCCAUCCACCCCAACCCCCAGCCCUCCUUCUACUAAAACCCGUGCCCGACCUCACACCAGCCUCCCCUUCUUACUUGACCCAAGUACUGUUGGUGGGAACGGCAGCCACAGCUGGCCAGUGUUGGAAGGAUUUUUGAAAAAUGGAUGAUUCACUAAGCGAGUCAGAUGCUCAUCCAUUGGUGAUGUCUGCCAUGGUCCACCCAGACAUCCAUUAGUGAUGUCUGCCAUGGUCCACCCAGACAUCCAUUAGUGAUGUCUGCCGUGGACCAUCCAGACAUCCAUUGGUGAUGUCUGCCAUGGACCAGCCAGCCAGCCAUUGGUGAUGUCUGCCAUGGACCACCCAGACAGCCAUUAAUGAUGGACACCAUGUGUCUGCCAUGGACCAACCAAAUUACCAUUAGUGAUGUUUGCCACAGACCAACUAAGUCCAUUAGUGAUGUUCAGUUGGGGGCAUGAGCAGGAGAACUGGGGUCAGGUUUGCCCGCCCCACCGGGGAUGCUUUAUCUGGUAAUAGCAACUUCUUUCAAUUUUUUAUACAGAAAACUUGAUCAAGUGUCUUUUUUUUGGGGGGUGGAGGGGUAUCUUUUGGGUUCAUACCUGCGAUGCUCAGGGGUGACUCCUGCCUGUGCACUCAGGAAUUACUCCUGGCGAUGCUCCGGGGACCCUAUGGGAUGCAAGGAUCGAACCCCUGGUCAGCCGCGUGCCAGGCAAACGCCCUCCCCGCUUAAUUCCUAGGCGUCAGGCUCACGCUCCUGCCCAGAACAUGGUGGU